AUUUAUCAAUGUCAUGCGCACAAGUUGACGAUGGCGGUGUUUAGUAUUGACCACAUGCGCGUUUAGUCAUCUUACGGAUUGUUUACACAUAAAUAUAAUGGCUAAACACAAUCAUUUAAGUUUUUGCAACAGAUUCGCCAAUAAGUCCAACCCAAUAUAUUUUUCGAGCUAGCGUCUUCACCGAUUCGUUAUACAACAAAUGUGCCAGUGAUGAUAGCACUCUAUUCUCAUCGUCUUGUCUAUUUAUUGCUCGGACGAAGUUUGAACACGGCAUCUACUUUGAUUCAACCUCAUAUAACAGCUAAGCAUCGUGGAAUAAUUGAGUCAUGCUGCACCAUCGAAGUUACGACCGAUCGACUAAGCUAUGCGUCUUUGUGCUUGGAUCCUGAAAAUAAAAAUUCAGUUAUUCUUUCCAGCUGGAACAGCCUUUCGCUCAAUUUGCCUUCUGGAAAGGAAUUCAGACCGUACAUGUGUUCCUCCAUGGCAUAUAAUUGUUCUAAUAUAAUUAAAGACAACAUUCUAUGUAGUAACUAUCUUGGAGCAAGUACUGAUGUUAUUCUCCGGCCUAUCGCACCAUUGUCAACUUCUUCAUGUACUACAAUCCAUAGCUUAGAUAUUCGUAAUGUUCAUCAAGCUGUAAUCAUGGGUUAUCUUCUAGCAUUUUUAUCAUCCAAUAUUAACAAUACACCAACAAGUCAAUUAUCCAUAUCAACUAAUUGUCCAUCAAUAGAAACUUUAGUAAAAUGGACUAAUCAAUCAACUAAUCGUUGGACAACUUAUUUAAGUCAUCAAAUGUUUAAAAAUCAAUCCAAUAUUACGUUCUCUUUUCUUCCUGUGAAAUCUAAUCAUUUAACAAAUAUAUCAGCCCCAAUAAAAACUAUACAUAAUAAUAAUAAUAAUAAUGAUUCGUCAGAUAUCAUUCAAAUACGUGUAGAAUCUUCACAAUUGUUUUCAAUUUAUAAAUGUUUCAAUUCUAAAAAUCACGAACAUAUUAGUACUGUACAGUUUUUACUGGCUCGAUGUUUGUUUACAUGCAUGUAUCAUCUGUUAAAGGACAGGUAUUCGAUGAUGGUUUAAAGUCAUUACUAUUACUUUUUGUAUUUAUUAUUACCCAUUUUCUGUAUAAGAUAGAGUUUUCCUUUAUGACAAAUAUGUAUUUAGAAAAAUGUGCUUACAUUUCGCUUUCUUUAUUGUGAAACGAAAUUGUAAUUGAUUAUUCUUAUUGGAUGUUUUACACCGAUCAACUGGUUGGUAAACAGUCCUGAACUAAUCACGUGACUAUUUGUUCGUAAGGUAUGAUACAUCGGAUGGUUUUGAUCGGUUAGAUAGUGACUGACCUACAAACUGACUUCUAUUAUGAUGCCUAAAUAUGUUUAUUUUUUCUUUAGUAUUUUAUACAUAAGCUUGUUAUUGUACAUCAGAAAAAUGUAUUCUGAAGGGUGA